GCGCGCCUGGAAACCAGGAACGGAGCACGGGGCGUUUUUUUUGUGUGUGCAGGGGAAGAACCAGUCGAUGAGGUCCAUUCUGCAUCUUUACCUGCAGCUCGGCUCGGCUCGGCUCGGCUCGGCUGUCAAACAACUUCAGUGACCGUUUGAGUUUUUUGUUUGCCUGUGGUUACCGAGGCGGACUGCUCCCCUCUCCCCUUUCUGCCUCUAUCCCGGUGAACUUUACAGGGAUGUUGUAUGAGAGCAUCUCACCAGAUAGUGCUGAAGAAAGUGUAGGACGGGCGUGAAGAGUGAACUACGAGAGACACUCGAACCUCUUCUUCUGCUACUUUUUGUUCGGCUUAAUACACGAGAAAAAGGAGAGUGAGAGAAAGACAGAGAGACACAGAGAGAGAGAGCGUGCAGGAGAGAGAGAGAGAGAGAGAGAGAGAGAGAGAGAGAGCGUGCAGGAGAGAGAGAGUGAGAGAGAGAGUGAGAGAGAAGUCGCUCAGGUUUUUUGGAGCUAAGCUUUCAUGCCGUCAGUCUUGCGGACUCUGAGAUGGACGUCAGAUUUUAUCCAGCUCCCCCUUCAAGCGUGGGUUCAUGUACGUUACCGACUGACUCCGGUUUGGACUAUUACCACUCCAACAAGAGCAGAUACGGUGCUGCAGAUCGAGGUGUGAGGCUCUACAGUUCCCUUCCCAUGCGCCCAAACCCUGACGGCAAGAGACUGCCCUCUACUGGGUUUGAUGGUGACAACAUGUACAUGAAUGAAAACAACCAUGAGUUCCUCCCGCCAAACCAGAACUACACAGGUCAGCCUGGCGGCGGCGGAGGCUCCGGCAGUGGAAAUGGAGCCGGGGACGAAGACUACGAGAUCCCCCCCAUCACUCCACCUAACCACCCCGAGCCGCCUCUCCUUCACCUGAUGGAGCAUGACUCUACAGGCUACCUCUGCCACUCGCUGCAACACAAUGGGCUCAUCAACCCGUAUUCCUACCCAGAGCUCAUGAUGUCCAACAUGCUGGCACAGGACGGCCACCUCGUCUCCAGCCAAAUGCCCUCGAUGCAGGAGAUGGCUUUGCACCACCACCAACAGCAACACCAUCACCAGCACCCAGAUGGCUCUCAUUAUGACCCCGCCCGUAACCACCCUGAUAAACGCUCACCUCCGAUACUCCCCAACCCCAUGAUUGCACUGACCCAGCUAAACCCUCAGGUCAGCAGGAGUGCACUGCCUCAUGGUUCCCCUUCACCUCCCGGAAGUAAAUCGGCCACACCCUCCCCCUCAAGCUCCAAUCAGGAGGAGGAGACUGAUCCUCAUUCGAAGAUCACGGGCGAGAAGCGGCCGUCUUCAGAGAUGAUGAAGCCCAAGCCCAAACCCCAAAAAAAGAAGAAGAAGAAGGAUCCCAAUGAGCCGACAAAGCCUGUGUCAGCCUACGCCUUGUUCUUCAGAGACACCCAGGCCGCCAUUAAAGGACAGAAUCCCAACGCCACCUUCGGAGACGUAUCCAAGAUAGUGGCCUCCAUGUGGGACGGAUUGGGAGAGGAGCAGAAACAGAACUACAAGAGGAAAACAGAGGCUGCUAAGAAGGAGUACCUGAAAGCCCUGGCCGCCUACAGAGCUAGUCUGGUUUCCAAGACAUAUGAUCCAGUGGAGACAAAAAGUGGCCAAACAGGUCAGGGUUCUCCACACAUGAUGCCAGCUAACCCGCCCCUGUAUAGCGGGCCACCUCCCCCCCAGCCGUCGUCGCCCUACCUGGGGCCCGGGGCCUUCCCUCUCACCGACCUGCAGAGCUACGCAGGACACGCACCUCGUCACGCCCUGUCGCAGACGCUCAGCCAAUCGCAGAUGCUGCCAAGCAUUAGUGCCUCUCCCCCUUCCUCCUUCCAGAUCAGCCCACCCCUUCACCCCCACCAGCAGCUCUCCCUGCACCAGAGCUCGCUCCUUAACCAGCCCAUCCGCAUGCAGCAGGUCCAGUCCCAGCCAAUCAUCUCUCACCAGAUGGGGCUGCAGGCCUCUCUUCACUCUCCACCUCCAGGGCAGCAGGGGGUUUCCCACCUCCAGUCAGAAUAUCAGAAGAGUAUUGGGGGUUCCCAGUCUCCAGGAGCCCCUGGCCCUGGUCCAGGUCCUGGAGUGGCUCAGAGCCAUGACUGGGACAGUGAAUACUGCAAUCGGGAGUGUGGCAACCACUGCAGUGGCAGCAUGAUUGGCAGGGACAAGCCACUCUACCUCACCUGAAACUGAAGAUCAUGCUCGGUCGACAAAUACGACACAGAGAAGUCUCCUCUCACCCCCCGCGCCCCUCCCCCCCCCCUCAAUCCUCCU